AUGGGUUCUUUUUGUGAUAAGAUCAACAACCCAUCUUCCUCUUUUUCCGCUUCCAACUCUGCUUCUCCCUCUGCUUCUAUUCCUGUUUCUGCUACCUCUUCCUCUGUUUCUACUUACUCUCGCGAAAAGCUAUCUUCGGCUUCUCCCAACGACUCGAACGUUACUUCUUCGAAUUCUUUAUCCUCUUUUGCUAUCCUGAAUAACCAAUCAAUCAAUUUAUCCAGCAAUCUAUCGAAUAAUCUAUCAAAUACUCUAUCAAAUACCCCAUUUUUUCCUUUAUCUCCUCCCAAAAGAAUCCUAGAUAGACUAAGCUCAAACAUUAACUCUAAAAAAAGAAAAUUUAAACAGGAUAUACAAGACGAUUUAAAACUACAUGAAAAUAGAAGAUUAAAUAUAAUUAAUCAAAAAAAAUUAAAAUUAAACUAUAAACUAAAAAAAAUUAAUGAAAAAAACUUUAUCCAGAAUUUGAAUAAAAUUAAUGCAAUCAAAUUCAAAAAAUUUAAUCAUUCAAUCACUUUUCAAAAAAGAGAGAAAAAUAGACUCAUUUUUUUAGAUAAAAGAAAAAAAUUAGCUUCCGAAUUUAUUAAAAAUUAUAACAAUUUUAAUAUAUCGAUAGAUUCAAUGGAUAAUAAAAUUACUAACAAUAUCGCUAAUAAAAUUAUCAACAGCAUCAAUAAUUCUACUGAAAAUGAGAAUCAAAUUGAUACCAACCAAAAUCAAAAUACAAAGCAAAAUGAAAAUGAAAAUAAAAUUGAAAAAUCGGUUUCCUCUCAACUAUAUGAAAAAUUAGAUCAAAAAUCAAUUGAUAUCAUAAUUAGAUCCUUAAGAAAUUAUUCAUUAAUUAAAUCAAAACAUACUCUAGUAACAAAAUACCCAUUUAUAUUUCUAUUUAGUAUUCCAAUGCACUCAAAAUUUAAAAUACAUCUACUUGACAAAAAUUUAAUUAAUAAUCUAAACUCCUUUUUAAUUAAAUUAAAUAUUACAAAUCCAAACUCUCCUUCAACGAUUGCUCGGUUCUUUUUAAUAUCCUUUUAUCUCUUAUCAGAUUAUUUUGACUCUUAUAAAAACAAUGUAGAUUCUAAAUUCAGUGGUUUAAACAACUCUGCUUCAUCAUUUCAUACUUUUUUCAGGAAAAAUCCUCUCAACUGUGAUUACAAUAAUAUCAACGAUAACAAUAAUGAUAAGAUCAACAACAAUAAUUUAUCUGAAAUUGGCAAGAUCUUAAAUGAUAACAAUCUUUACAAUUUAAUUACUGUAAAAAUGCUUGUUCGAUCUUUUGAAUUACUCAAUGCUUUUAGAACCUUUUCAAAGAUUGCUCUAAAGAAUAAUUCAAUUUUAACCAACCCAUUGCAUCCUUCAAGAAUUAAACUUGUCAAAGCUUGGAUCUCUCAUUUAAAAAUACUCAACAUUUUUUUAUUUCUCCAUCGUCACAGAUUAGAUAAAAUCUCUUUAUAUGCUGAUCAAAUGUUCACUAAAGAAUUAAAUUAUCUAAAUCUUUUAAUUAAAAAUGCAACCGAGAAUACUUAUGAAAACAACUUCAACAUAUCUCAUUAUGAAACCAUUAAGUUUAAUAUAUCUAAUUUAAAAGAAAAUUUUAAAACUUAUUUAAAACUGAAUACCUCAUUAACUCUAAUCGAUAAACCUAAUAUACUAUUAGAUGAUGAUUUAACCAUAAAGGAUUAUUUAUCUUACUAUUAUGAACAAUCAAAUUCAAAAGUCUAUCUAUAUAAUCAAAUUGACUUAAUUAAUAACACAAUUCAUAAAUCCCCUAAAUCCCCUAAAUCCCCUGUUGUUAAAUUUGAAAACGUUUUCUCCUUUGAAAAUGAACCAUUAAAAUUACCCAAAAUUCCUUUAAUUGGAUUUCAGUACACUGGCAAUAAACAUGCUUUAGAUAAUAAUAGAAAUACUUUUAAUAAAAGCGGAUAUAUAGAUCUUAAUAAAUCAACUACUUAUACAGCUAUUGAUUAUCCAAAAGAUCACUAUACUUCGUUUUUUUUCAACGGAAAUUUCAUCAAUUCUUUAAUCCUUUUAAAAAUUGUUCCGCCAUGUUUUCAUAUUUUUGAUUGGAAACAAGUGAUUAUUUUUUGGAUGCUUCAAAACCUUCAUACUUCCUGUCUAUCAACUGAUGAAUCUAACAAUUCCAAUAAAUUGUCAAAACUUGAAAAUGACUAUGGAUUUCCCAAUAAACUAAAAACUGGUUAUAAAGUGUUUACUAAGAAUAAAGUUACUAAAACCAAUAUACUCAUUAAUCCCAUUCUUAAUAUUGAAAAAAUAAGACAAAAAUUUUGCAAUAAGACAUACAAAGAUAUUAGACAAGACUUGUAUAGUCUUAUUACUCAUUAUGUUGAAAAUGACGAGAACUUUUUUAAAAAUGAAUAUAAAAAUAAUUUUAUGGAACAUAUAUUUAAAUUAUUUAAUGAGUUUUUAAAUACUGGAACUCUUAUUUUUAAAUAUAUUUUCAUUAUUAAAACAAAUGAUGGAAAAAAUCCAUUAUUCACAUUUAUAAAGACUAAUAGAUACUCUAUGCUUACAGAUAUAGAAUUUUUAAAUGAACAACAUUACAAGCGUAAAGAACUUAAUUUUAUUGAGUAUUUUUCAAGAUUAAUUCUGUUGUUAUAUGAUUAUUUGUUGUUUCUAAAUCGUUUAUUUGGUUUCAAAAAUACACGAGCAGAUUUGUCAGUAAUAGAUGUGUUAUUUGUUGAAUGCACAGAUCAGUUUUCUAAAGAAUAUUUGAAAGAAAUAUCUGAAAGAGAUUUAACAAAAGACUCUAAAAAAGAUUCCAAAGAAAAAGAGGUAAAGGAUCCAUACAUUUUUAAUAAGGAUAAUGAAUUAGGUAAUAUUAAAAAAUUAUUUUUAAAAUUUUAUGAUAAAUUAUUAUGUUUUUGGGAAGAAAAUAUUGGGAAGAUUGCACAAUUUUUGAUAAAUUAUUAUUAUUCAUUUUUCACUAAUAAGAUUCAUUCAGAAAAUAUUUUAUCAGAUUUGGUUCGAUAUGAAUCAUUCAAUUGGAAUUAUCAAAAAUUUGGAAAAUUUGAAGUUUUUGGUAAAUCAGACAUUGAGGUAUUAUUAGACAAAAAGCAUAAAAAACAAAAAGAUUUAGAUGUUAAUAAAGAAUUACUUGAAACACUUAAGAGAAGAGAAGUUCAUUAUUGUGCAUUUGACUAUUUCAAUCGACGUGGGUUGGAAUUGAAGAAAAAAAUUGAUUUUACACAAUACGAUACAAGUUUUAAAUGGAUUAAUUUUAUUUUUAAUGACUGUUUAAUGAGUAAUGCAAAUAUAUGUAAACUUGAAGAAUUUAAUGAUUUGUUAAUAUUUGAGCCGUUUUUAAGUUUUAAUGAAGAAAUGCUUUCAAUAUCAAGGGAAUUGCUUAUAUUAAUUUUUUGUUCGGCUGUUAGCAAUAUAUCUUAUUAUUAUUAUCAAAAUCUAUUCACAUCAAGUGAAUUGGAAAAGAUAUUGACAGAGGGGGAAAAGGAUAAAUUUGAAGAGUAUAUCAGUUGUAUUGAUGGAGAAUUUAAAGUAACUGAUAUUUUAAUUAAUUGGGAGGAGUUUUCUCAGAGUAUUCUAAAGGCAGUGAACGGUUGUAUAAUAAUAAUAAAAGAAGAACAAAAUAGAAAAAUUAUAUUGAAAAAAACAGUUGAAGAAAUGGGGGAAAUAAUUAUAGUCAAAUUAAUUGAGAAUAUGGAGGAGAAUUUCAAAAAACAGUAUGAAAAGAUUAGAAACAGUUGCGAUGAUAUAAUUGAUGAUUUAGAAGAUAGUGAAUCGGAUUAUAAUGUAUUCAGAUUGGUUUUGAGUAAAAUUAUUAAUUGUGAAUAUUUCUCAGCGCAUUUCAAUAAGAUCUUUGAAUUAUUUUUUCAAAGACAAAUCGAUGAUGAAAAACAAGAUCGAGUGUUCAAAGUUUUGGUUAACAAAAUGAAAGAUAUAUUGGAAGUUGUUGGAGAUGAGUAUAUCAUCUAUCAUAAGAAGUUUGAUCGAUACAUGAUUAUCAAAAAUGGGCUUACAGUCGCCGAAUUGAAUAUAAAUUGCAAGAGUGCAGUUGAUUGUUUUGGGACACCAUAUUUUCAAAUUAAUAGAAGCAAGAAACUUCGUCAGUUGAUAAAGCGAAACUAUCAAUAUUAUGAAGAAGAAGUUUACAGUGUUAUUACAGAUAUCAACAAAAUAUGGUAUUUGAACAAGUAUUUACAUAGUAAGCAAUAUGAGGUUAUGUACCAGUGGAUGAAAAACGAGUGGUUGAUGGCGCAAAAGAAGCAAGAGAAGCAAGAGAAGCAGGAGAAGCAAAAUCAAUGA